AAUCCCGAGUCGUCCAAGAAUCCAAUCCCCCCAGCUCACAGUCUGUCGCCCACACCCCACAAUCUUCGGAGAGAGAUAGAGAGAAUGGCCUGCGUGAGCUUGGUCUCGUCGAUCCUCCUACUGCUCUUCUGCGCCGCUGCAGGCUCAACCUUCGACGACUCCAAUCCCAUCCGAUUGGCAUCCGAUGGCCUUCGCGACUUAGAGGCUCAGGUCAUCCAAGUCGUCGGCCACACCAAACACGCCCUCUCCUUUGCCCGCUUCGCUCACCGGUAUGGGAAGAGGUACGAGACUGGGGAGGAGAUGAAGCUCCGCUUCGAGAUUUUCUCUGAAAAUCGGAAACUCAUUAGAUCCACCAACCGGAAGGGCUUAUCUUACAAACUUGCCGUUAAUCACUUUGCUGAUUGGACUUGGGAAGAGUUCCAAAGGCACAGGUUGGGAGCUGCUCAAAACUGUUCUGCCACUUUGAAGGGCAACCACAAGCUUACUGAUGUUGUUCUUCCUGAAACGAAAGACUGGAGGGAAGAAGGCAUAGUCAGCCCAGUUAAAGACCAAGGCCACUGCGGAUCUUGCUGGACUUUCAGCACCACCGGGGCUCUUGAGGCAGCAUAUGCCCAGGCAUUUGGAAAGGGAGUCUCUCUCUCUGAGCAGCAGCUUGUGGACUGUGCCGGAGCUUUCAAUAACUUUGGCUGCAGCGGUGGGUUGCCAUCCCAAGCCUUUGAGUACAUCAAAUACAAUGGCGGCCUAGACACCGAGGAGGCAUAUCCUUACACAGGAAAAGAUGGUGCAUGCAAAUUUUCAUCGGAAAAUGUUGGCGUUCAAGUUCUCGACUCUGUUAACAUCACCCUGGGUGCUGAAGAUGAGCUAAAGCAUGCAGUUGCAAUUGUUAGGCCAGUGAGUGUGGCAUUUCAGGUGGUAAAUAGCUUCCGAUUCUACAAGGAAGGAGUUUACACAAGUGAUACGUGUGGCACCACUCCAAUGGAUGUGAACCAUGCUGUUCUAGCGGUGGGAUAUGGAGUUGAAGAUGGCGUCUCUUACUGGCUCGUCAAGAACUCAUGGGGAGAAAAAUGGGGUGACAGUGGCUACUUUAAGAUGGAGUUGGGGAAGAACAUGUGCGGUAUUUCAACAUGUGCAUCAUACCCUGUUGUCGCAUAAUCUGUUUCGGGAGAUACGGCAGUAGGCUCUUUGGAUGGAUUAUGCAGUCUAUCCUGUUUUAAUCUACCAUAUUUAAAAAAGCUCUGCAUUUAAGGUGAAGGGUCAUUGUGUGAUUCAAUCGUAGUGUAAGGUGGUUGUACAAAAUAAGAUCCAAGAUCAUCAGUGCUGGCGACUGUAACAUACAAACAUAUUCACUCUGUAUAUUUUUUAUUUUUAUGAAUGGUGACAUAGACUCUAUUUUGAGA